GGAGGGAUUCUUUUGUUUUUAGUGUCAGACGUCUAGUAGCAAGAAUCUGCCUUCCUAUGAAAAGUUCGCAUCGCUUUAAUCUCCGCCAGAAUUUGACGAUCGAUGUAAAGGUUCUUUGAUUUUUUUUUUUUCGAAGAUUUUAUUUGUUCUGCGGACCGAAAUGGACUUGAAUGGGAAAGUUGCUCUCGUAACAGGAUCCGCGCAAGGACUUGGGAGAGCUUUCGCCGAAAUUCUACUUAAAAACGGCGCAAAGGUGAGUCUUCUGGAUAUCAAUGUUCCUAAGGGUGAAGAAAUGAAAGCUGUUUUUGACCAAACAUAUGGUCCUGAACAGACUACUUUUAUCCCCUGCGAUGUUACUUCCGAGGUUCAAUUAAAAGAUGCAUUUCACAAAACAAAAGAGAAGUUUGGAAAAUUGGACAUUGUAUGCAAUAAUGCUGGCAUAGCCAAUGAACAAGACUGGGAAAAGACUAUCACUGUUAAUCUGAAUGGAGUCAUCAGAGGAACUUAUUUGGCAAUGGAAAUCAUGAAACAACAAAAAGAGGGUGGUGUUAUUGUCAAUACUGCAUCCCUUGCAGGUUUGGAACCACUUACAUUGAUGCCAGUGUACUCGGCUACCAAACAUGGAAUUAUUGGAUUCACUCGGGCCAUGGCAAAGGCUUCCACCAUUUGCAAAUCUGGGGUACGGCUUAAUGCCUUGUGUCCUGCAUUUGUACAGACCAAUUUGAUGGACAAUGUAAUAGAUAAUGAUCAACUGGCUGGAGUAGUGAAGUCUAUGACACUCGAUAUCAUGAAAAGAAUUGGUCCACUAAAAUAUUCCUGUUUAUACAUACUGCAAACCCACUUCCUGGUCCACAGUUAAACAUGCAGGAUGUGAUAUGCCAUGAUCUUCAAUUUGAACAACUUCAAUUGGUCACCUGGGUCUAAUGAAGCACCGUCCGUUAACAGAGAGUACUUCAGUUCAGACACUGAAUCUCCAUGGUAAAAAAAAUGGAUUGCUCUGCACUAUUACC